UGCAUUUUGAAGUCCCUCUUUUAUACCCGAUCAGUGUUCAGUUUUCAGCGGCAGUCUUUUGUGCGGAGAUCAGAGAUACAGAUUCCCCAAUUCACCUGUCUUUGCAGUAAAUCUAACAACUGCAGGUGUAGCACAUAUUGUCACAGUCAAACAGAAAGUGUUUGCCAAGGGCAUUGAUUUAAGCAUGGUCAGUUUUGUUCAAUUAUUGUCAAACCGCGGGGCAGUCGAAAGGAAACACGUACAGAAUUUACUGCCAGUUGACAGCUUUGUGUAAACAGUGAAACCAAUGGUGCAGCAGGGUCACAUGUUCACGGUGGCACACCUAUGAGGCCCUCGAUCGGCGCCAGACGCUCAGACUGCAGGUAGAGCAGAGGUCCUGAUCAGGGGCAGGGCGCUGGCUCGUGUGCUCGUGUACAGCACGGUUUCCCCGGUCUGUGGCAAUCAUGAAUCGGGAAGAGCACUAUUACUCUCCUAACCAACUGUACAAGGAUUCUUGCGCCUUCCAGAGACAUCCCAACGAAGACUACAGCCAAAACCCUCCACCGUGUCUGUAUAUGAGUAGACAGACUCAGUCCGUCUACGCCUCACCGUCUCUGGGCAGCCAGGACCAGCCAAAUCUUACAGACAUUACUUCUUAUAACAUGUCGACCCGGGAUGAUCCGGCAGGGCCUCAUCUUCACCUUCCCCAGACUCCGCAGACAUCUCUACAGACGCUCGGCGGUUACGGAGACUCUCUUGACCUGUGCGGGGAUCGGAGCAGAUACCAUCUGCCUUUCCCGUGGAUGAAGUCAACGAAAUCUCACUCGCACGCCUGGAAAGGACACUGGACAGGUCCUUACAUGGUGGAGGCUGAGGAGAACAAGCGCACGCGGACGGCGUACACCAGAGCGCAGCUGCUCGAGCUCGAGAAAGAGUUUCUCUUCAACAAAUACAUCUCACGCCCGCGCCGCGUGGAGCUCGCGCUCACCCUCAGCCUCACCGAGAGACACAUCAAGAUCUGGUUCCAGAACCGACGCAUGAAGUGGAAAAAGGAGGAGGACAAGAGGAGAGCCAGAGGAGUGGACCCCGAGCAGGAUUCCUCCAUCACGUCCGGAGACCUGAAGGAGGAGUCGUGUGUCGCUCCGGGAACGGGACCCCCGUCACCCCUGCACUCUCACCCACCACCAGUCCCACAAGACUCGUCAAACAAACACUGACCAAAAGAGACAUGUGUCAUCAAUGCAGUCUUACAUCCUGCCAUAGACGAGUGGAAAUUCACCGGACAAAAGUUCGUCAAUUCCUGUAAAUCUGUACAGCCUUCACUAAAAGAUUGACAGUAGGGGGCGAUCUCAGCUGUGUGAGAAACGAAGCUCCCCUGGAGUCAGUUUCUUGGGAGGUGCUUUUGUGUAAUAGAAAUCCAUGACGUCAUCAAAUGUUCAUGAGCAAAAUUUUAUUGGACAUUAUUAUAAUUGUAUUCGUAUUUAUAGAUAGACAAUGAAAAGUCAAAUACAAGUGGAUAUCUCUCUUAUCAUGAAUUUCUUUUUAAUAACAUUCAUACUAUUUAUGUAGGCUAGCUACUGCUAAACAAAUUAAAAGCAUGUGU